AAACUUCUGUGAACUGUUUUCUGAAAUGGCUGAGCAGCGCCGAUCAUCGUCACCUGAUCUUAAUAAAAACAGUAACAGCAACAGCAAUUUCGAUACUACUGCUAAUGAGAAUACAACAACAACCACUGAUACCGAAGAACGAAGCAGCAGUAUCAUGACCAUCACAGACAUCUACAUUGAACUCACCAUAGCCACCAGUACCUACAACAGCACAACAACAACAGGAGGCACCACAACAACAAUAACAGCAGGAUUAAUUCAGAAGAAGAUAGUGUUACGACGGGUUGUGAAGUGA